CGACUACAGUAUUUCGGAAGAGAAAAAUUGUUUCAGGAAGUGAAAACAGCACCAUACUGAGAGGAGGAAACUCGUUUCUAACAAUUGCAUCCCUGUGUGAAAUUACCAAAAUAGUACCGAUAAUGCUCCAUGCCUUUAUUAGUCAAUGAUGCAACUCACGCGAUAAAGGUCGGUGAUAGCAUUGGUAUUAGCGGAGACACCAGUAGCGACAGCAGUCUUGGGUUGUUGUUUGAUACCUUUGUCCCUUUAUCGUCUAUUUUGACCGUCUCCGUCGUUGUUGGAUUUACUCUUCCUCGGCACGAAUAUUUUGGACUGUUUUGGUUGAUCUGGUGGGCGUUGGCGGUUUCUAUUUCUCUGCUUAGUGUUGAUGAUCAUGAUGGCGGAUAUAUAACUAAUGGAAACGAUGUGAAGGGUCUUUUCAAGUCCUCGGAUGAUCGAAUUCGAGGAAUGGCCAUAUUGGUAGGGCUGCCCUUUGCUAUGUUGCUAGUYCUGUUUGUAUGGUGGAAGAAAGAAAACUCAUCUUCUUCAUCGGCGAUACAGAGGAGUCAAGAGCGACGACGACGUCGAAUUCUACCGCUCAUCAAUCCUAUUCGAGGUUUUGUUCUGAAACAUGUUCCAAUGUGGAGUAUGGUUGCGAUAAACAUUUACCGACUCGAUGGAUUAUCUGUUGUGAUCCCCUUCUGGAAUGGACACGUUCCAAAAUUUGUGGGAUACCAGACCAUAUUUUUGGACGUGAUAAUGGGAAUUACUGCUAUUCCAUUGACCUACUUUUUGUACGUUCCUAGAGGACGAAGGGGAAUCGGUAGUAGACGAGCGAAACCGAACGCACGACCCUCAUUUCUUAAGGAUGCCUUGUGGUUUUGGAAUUCUCUUGGAUUGUACGACUUGUGCAGCGCGUACAUUGUAUUUAUUUUAAACGCAUACGAAAUGGGUGGUCCCAAUAUUACCCAACCUCCGCUAUUACCGAAGUUGGGAAAGCACCCCCUCCCGUUGCUAAUUUUGUUUCAAGUUCCUCUGGCCAUAGCGGUUCACAUACUAAUGUUGACCAACAUUGAUGAACUAAUGAAUGAACAAGAGAAGCAACUGCAAAAAUCUCAUGAUUUGUCCUUGAYGCUUCCUACAGUUGCUGCUGCCGUAUCUUGUCGAAGGUAGUGGUACGAAGUGAUAACAAUAAACAUUUUGAUUAUCC